AUGAUCCUUGGGAACCUCAGUGGACUGAGUGAAUUCAGACUCCUGGGUUUUUCUGGACUCUCUCAUUUGCACCCUUUGCUCUUUGUAGUUUUAUUAUCUCUUUAUGUUCUCACCUUGGUGGCCAACACAGUGAUAGCUGUCACAAUAAACACUGAUGCCACCCUUCACACCCCCAUGUAUUUCUUCCUCACUCAGCUGUCCUGUUUGGAUAUCUGCUAUUUAUCAGCCAUGAUCCCAACCAUUCUGGAGAACCUGAUGGUGGGAACAGUGAGCAUUUCCAAGACAAGGUGUGCCAUUCAAAUGUUUUCCUUCCUUUUCUUUGGAGUUGCUGAAUGUUUCCUCCUGGCUGCCAUGUCCCUCGAUCGUUAUUCUGCAGUUUGCCACCCCUUGCACUACACAGUUCUCAUGAGCAGCAGGGUCUGCAGCAGCCUGGUUGCUGCCAGUUACAUUUGUGGGGCUGCUGUGGGCUUGGUUCACACCCUGAUCACCUUCAGCUCACCCCUGUGUGGCUCUGCCAUCGACCACUUCUUCUGUGAGAUUCAGCCCCUGCUGGACCUGCUCUGCGGCAACACCUUCCCCAGAGAGCUCCAGGUCAUUCUGGUGGCUGUCUUUGCUAUUCUCAGCCCUUUCUUGCUGGUCCUUUAUUCUUACAUUCAUAUUAUUUCCACAAUUCUUCACAUGGCAUCAGCUGAGAGCCAGCAGAAAGCUUUUUCCACUUGCUCCUCACACCUCUUGGUUGUGACUCUGUUUUAUGGCACUGCAGGCUCUGUGUAUCUGAGGCCAAAAUCCACCUACUGUGCAGCUGUGGAUAAAUUCCUCUCCCUUUCUUAUUCUGUGCUGACUCCUUUGUUGAAUCCCAUCAUUUACAGCUUGAGGAAUAAGGAGUCCCAGUCCAGCUGUGUCAGACUCUCUGGUCAG